UCGGUUUUUCACUGACGACGCCACUUUACUUUUUAAUUAUUGACUAUUGUAGUUAUUGUGGUAAUUUAAUAUAUUCAUCUUCGUCCUAAAUGGAUUCUCCUGAAAUGAUAUCGUCUAGUAACUCUCACACAGCGGAAGAUUCGAACGACUUAGGAAACACCGACAGUAUCAACAAGCUAUCGCGUGAUAAUAUUUCAAAAUUGCAGCAGCAAGUCAUUGCUAAUUUUCAAAAACCAAACUUACCCAAUGUAAAUGUGCCAGAGAGGAUAAUUAUUUGCCUCGAUGUUUGUUACGACGACAACAACUCCCUCUACCGGCUGGGCGACGGCACCACUUUCACACCGAUCAACAUGAUGAAGCGGAUUCUGGACUUCUUUUUACAUUCAAAGCAUGCAAUCAACAAACGAACGGAAUUUGCACUUUUGAUCAUGAAGGACACUGAACCACUUUGGGUCCAAAAUUUUACAAAUAAUUUAAAAGAUAUUUUUAACGCGAUCGAUUACAUAAAUGCUGAGGGUUGUACAGCCGAAACAUUUGAUUUCAAGAAGGUAUUCCAAAUUAUCAAGCAGAAAGUUGAAAUACCAGAGUAUAAACAAGAAGAGUGUAUUUUACCACCACCAUUUGUGGUCCGGAUGCUAGUUCUGUACGGGAGAUCAUUCUGCAUCCCACUCAUACCUCAAGAUGACUCAUAUUUCCUUUUCCUCAGGAAGCAGUUUUAUUUCUACAUAGACAUAUUGCUAGCACAUGAAGAAGAUUGUAGGGAAAACAAAUGUGAAGAGAUAUAUGAUGCACUCCAGGACUUGGAUAAUGGUUAUUCAUAUGUGUAUGAAGUGUCGAGGAAUGCAACCAAGAUCCAUGACUAUAAGCUGCUGGCGCACCCGCUCCAGAGGCCCCUGCAGCGGCUGGCCAACUACACUUUUGGAGUUAGACAAUAAACUAUAAGAAAAAGGA